GGUGGUUUGUCCAGUUGUGUUCGGCAGUUGGGUUGCUAAGAGACAGCGGUUGAACCCGAAGAAAUGGCUCGAAGUUGGUAAACAGAAAAAGCUGAACGGAUUUAUAUAUAAAUUAAGAAAUUAAUAAUCGAGACUUUGCAAACCGUAGAGCGAGGUUUUGAAUACGGCUCCCGUUAGCAGUUGCCAUGGUGAAACUGAGAGCGAAGUGUAUAGUGGCAGGUGAUGCUGCGGUUGGAAAGAGUGCUUUGACUCAGCUGCUUCGAAGCGAUGGGGCUCACUUUCAGAAGAACUACACAAUGACCGCAGGAGUGGAGAUUGUGGUCAAAGCUGUAAACAUCCCUGACAGCAGUGACAGCGUGGAGCUGUAUCUCUUUGACUCUGCUGGAAAGGAGGUCUUCAUGGACAUGCUUGAGAAGCAGUGGGGGGAGCCGUCAGUCCUCUGCCUGGUGUUUGAUGUCACCAGCGAGCCCUCCUUCAAAAGCUGUGCCAAGUGGCUGGACCGGGUCCGAGCGCAGUGCCACAGCCUGCAGCUGCCAGGGGUUCUGGUGGGAAAUAAGACAGAUUUGUCUGCAAGGCGUGCCGUGGAAUUCACAACCGCUCAGGAGUGGGCUUCGAACCAGGGACUGGAGUACUGUGAAACAUCCGCAAAAGAGAUGGAGAAUUACGAAGCCCCGUUUCAGAGCCUGGCUCAGGCCUUUCACAGGAUCUACCAGGAGAGGCUGGAAGUCAUCCAGUCACUCGCCUAGCAGAGAGACGAGAGAGGAGCUUCGAACGGAAGAAACGUUCGAGCCUUCACUGGAGACUCCGGAGGGAACGUCGCAUUGGCUCUGGCGCCCACCGGGGGGUUGGGGGAGGCAAAACCAGCAGGGACUGCUCCUCCUCAUCGCACCACAGCGACCCCUGCUGGCCGGGCUCCCAGUGAACUGCAUCUCACAGAUGACAAGGACGGGUUCCCAAGAAGACUUCAUCAAAAGUUAACAAAAUUAAAACUAAUUUGCAAUUUCUAA